AGGUGUCACGUCAGGAUUUGUGUAACUGUCAAAAAAAAGAGUGGAAGAAAAUAUUUUCUCGUUUCUCAAUUAUUGCAAUUUUUAUUCAAUGUCUUUUUAAUACAAUCUAAUAUUGCUGGAUAAAACGUAUUAAGCUUUGCUUGAUCAUAAGAUUGUGAUUUAAGAGCUUUCAAGAGGAAUAGUGGGCAAAACUCGUCAUCUCUGUGGUGUACGUAUUGAUUGUGAAUAUUUUGAGGGAACGAGUUGGAUCAUGGCAGUAUCACCAGCAAAAGGCGACAUAGAUGCAAUUUUUAAUAGGCUCCGUUCGAUUCCAACCAACAAGACAUGUUUCGAUUGCGGAUCCAAAAAUCCCACCUGGUCUUCAGUGACGUACGGGGUGUUCAUCUGUAUUGAUUGUUCGGCAGUGCACCGAGGUCUGGGUGUACAUUUGACCUUUGUCCGAUCCACAAAUUUGGACACCAACUGGACAUGGCUGCAAAUUCGUCAGAUGCAGCUUGGUGGCAAUGCUAAGGCGGCCCAGUUCUUCCGUCAGCACAAUUGCAAUACAACCGAUGCGCAGCAAAAGUACAAUUCCCGAGCAGCUCAGUUGUACAAGGAUAAGUUGGCCAGUUUGGCUCAGCAGUCAUUGCAACUUCACGGGAACACGCUCCAUAUUGAUAACACGCAUGUGCAUACCACUGAGAGUAACGUGAGCGAGGAAGUAGACUUUUUUGCCGAUUGUGUCAGUCUAGAUGCUCCGUCCGUAAAUACGGAUAGCCAUAACAAUAACCUGAAACAGCAGGACACUCCGCGGGGCAAUAUUACAAAUCCUGCCGCUUUGAUCAAUGCUGCACCAGAUAUUUCCAAAAGCUUACAAGGGCCAAGCGUUGAUUUUCUCAAUUCUACAGUGCCUGCGGAGUCACCUAGGUCAACGAUAGGUGUAAGAAAGAUUCAGCCAAAGAAAGGCGCACUAGGAGGAAUGAAGGGUGGUUUAGGAGCAACACGUGUAAAGACAAAUUUUGCUGAAAUCGAAGAAAAAGCUAAUAUGGCUGAUAAACUGAAAAUGUCUUCGACUGAGCCGGUCGUGGAAAAUCCGGUCACCGAGGAAGAACAGGCUCAAGCACUGGCCAGUGUCCGCUUAGCUUAUCAGGAUCUUUCGAUCAAGCAACACAAAGAGGAGGAAAAACUUAAAGCGACCGAUCCUAACAAAGCCAAGCAAAUCGAGCGUCUAGGAAUGGGCUUUAGCUCGCGGUCGGGAGUUUCACAUUCCGCUGUUACAGAUAUGAAAACAUUAUCUCAGGACUCGACCUCGAAAAAUGGCACUACCUUGUCUAAGACAUUCGAUUCUAAUAAUGAUUUUUUUGAUGAUUAUUCCACUUCAAUGUACGGUAGUAGUGCCGCAAGUGGCAAUAAAAAUUCGUCUACUUCCCUGAAAGAUUACAGUGAUGCUACGUUGAUGGGAUUUGAAACGAUCGAACCGUUUGACACGAAACAUAACAUCCAAACCAUGUUUUCAUCUGCAUCCACAGCAAAAAAUACGAGCAUUAGUGACCAACCUACAUACAGCCGGAACGUCAGCAAGAAACCAUCGGGCGUCACCAAUGAAUAUGAGACCUCUGACACGGCACAAAAAAAGUUCGGUACAGCUAAAGGUAUAUCGUCGGAUCAGUUCUUUGGUGAUGAAAGUUCUUCAUUCGAACGGUCGGCAAAUCUGGCAAAGUUUCAGGGCUCCAGCAGCAUUUCUUCGGCGGACUAUUUUGGACACGGUAGCUCCACGGGUGCCGGAAGCGGAAGUGGCAGUCGAAACCGUGGUCCAAACCUGCAAUACAAUGGGCCAGAUCUAGAUGAUGUUAAGGAAAGCGUGCGGCAUAGCGUUACUAAGGUUGCGGGCCGGCUCAGCACGCUGGCUAAUGAUGUAAUGACGUCGAUUCAAGAUAAGUAUGGUUACUAGGGAACCGCAUUAUGGUAUUUUUGUGAGUUAAGUUAUUUUAAAUGAUCCAUUAUAUCUCUAAAUAGAUAGGACUUGUUUUAAUGCUAUAGUUCUAGAAUUAUCAGUUUAAUAAAUGUACAGUGAACCUUUCCUUCCAUCGGUUGAUUCAAAGGUUUAAACAUUGGGGAAAAUAUACCUAAUAGCAUUACUAUUCUUAGCAUUCAUAGUGAAAAUAUUAUUUUAAAUAUUCGGAUUUAUUUGAAAACCCGUGCUUAUCAAUGUCUAUCAGUCAUAAGUGAUCGCAUACUUCAUACAAUAUCUAUAAAAUCUAGACAGCCUUCAGUCGAGUCCUUUUCAUGCCUAACAGGAAAACCUGAAAAAAGAUAAAACUACAAUCAUACAUUCUUACUUGCUGGGCACAAUGAAUAACGUAUAAAUAAAAUACACAAAAGCAGAUUAAUCCGGAUCUGAUUGAUGUUUUGUUGAACUCUAGGGCAAUUUUUGUGUACUACUUAAGGAAAAUAUUAUGUUGAAUCGAGAUGAUAAUACAAAGGAUGUAAUAGCAGUAAAAAUACUUGUUGAAAACAUCUAUAGCAAAACGGAGGAGACAGUAAAUAUUAGUAAUUACAAUUACCAAACAUCUAUGGUGAAUCUGGAUGAACAAUUGAACCUUUCAUUCGUUUUCUAUGCAUAAGCUUGGUAUAGAGUGUAACGGAUUUGUAUUCUAUCUGUAUAAAUUCACUGGUCAUCGAAACGAUGAAAUGAAAUAUAUAUUCUAUAGUUAAAUA